AUGUCCUUGGGGGAGACCGUGGCGGGGCGGGGGAGCACCGCGGCCAGCUCGGGGAAAUUGAGGCAGGCUGACUGGCCCUUGAUUGUCAGCGCCGCCACAUCGUGCGCUCGCGCCGCCAUCUCAGCGGUGGCGAAGGUCCCGAGCCAAAUCCGAGACUUCUUCCUCGGCUCUCGAAUCUCGGACACCCAUUUCCCCCACUUGCGCAUGCGCACACCCCGGUAA